AUGGCCACCGCUGCCACUGAGGAGCCCUUCCCUUUUCACGGUCUCCUGCCGAAGAAGGAGACCGGAGCCGCCUCCCUCCUCUGCCGCUACCCGGAGUAUGACGGGCGGGGGGUGCUCAUCGCUGUCCUGGACACGGGGGUCGACCCGGGGGCUCCGGGCAUGCAGGUUACAACUGAUGGAAAACCAAAAAUCGUUGAUAUCAUUGAUACAACAGGAAGUGGCGAUGUGAAUACUGCUACGGAAGUAGAGCCAAAGGAUGGUGAAAUUGUUGGCCUUUCAGGAAGAGUGCUUAAGAUUCCUGCAAGCUGGACAAAUCCCUCAGGCAAAUACCAUAUUGGCAUAAAAAAUGGCUAUGACUUCUAUCCUAAGGCUCUCAAGGAAAGGAUACAGAAAGAACGGAAGGAAAAAAUCUGGGACCCUGUUCACAGAGUGGCCUUGCAGAAGCCUGUAGAAAACAGGAAGAAUUUGAUGUUGCCAACAACUGCUCUUCUCAAGUUGGUGCUAGUCGAUUUCAUUUAA